AUGGAAGUGAGGCUUAAUACCCAGUCCAUCCAAAAGAAAGGAAGUUUCAAGUAUGGUGGGUCUAUUAUCCAAGGUAAUAAGGAGGUUGACGAUGAUGUCACACAUUAUAUUGGUGCAGGGUGGAUAAAAUGGAAUCUUGCAUCUGGAGACUUCCGUGAUAAUAAGGUGGCACCAAAACUUAAAGGCAAGUUCUACAUAGUGGUGGUAAGACAAGCUAUGUUGUAUGUGGCAGAGUGUUGUCCAGUUCAGAAUUCUCACAUUAAGAAGAGGAAAGUUGUGGAAAUGAGAAAGUUGGGAUGCAUGUGUAGGCAUACUAGGAGAGAUAGAAUUAGAAAUAAAGAUAUAUGA